UCUAAAAAUCAUCGAUAUUUGCUUUGAUUAGAGUAUAGAGAAAGAGUAAUCGACAAGGUAUCGAUUGGGUUGCAAGGAUUUCUCUCCUGAGAAAAAUGUCUCAGUUUGCAACAAUGAGAUACCCUAAGGUGUUUCUCGUCUUCAUUACUUUGGGGCUAUGUUCGACUGUUGUUUAUUGCCAGCUUAGCUCCACAUAUUACAGUACGUCGUGUCCCAACCUAUUGUCGACUGUUCAGUCUGCAGUUAAACAGGCCGUCACCAACGAGAAGAGGAUGGGAGCUUCGCUUCUGCGUCUUCACUUCCAUGACUGUUUCGUUAAUGGCUGUGAUGGCUCUAUUCUUUUGGACGAUUCGUCGACUUUAACAGGAGAAAAGACUGCAGUGCCAAAUGCUAACUCAGCCAGAGGAUUCGACGUGAUAGACACCAUUAAGACCAACGUGGAGGCUGUGUGCAGUGGAGUUGUGUCUUGCGCCGACAUUUUGGCAAUUGCUGCUCGUGAUUCAGUUGUCGAACUUGGAGGGCCAACAUGGACAGUGCAGCUGGGAAGAAGAGACUCCACAACUGCAAGCCUUAGCGGUGCGAAUAACAAUAUUCCUGCACCCACAUCAAACCUCAGCACACUCAUCUCAUCUUUUAGCGCUCAGGGUCUUUCUACCAAGGAAAUGAUUGCUCUUUCUGGCGGUCACACUAUUGGUCAGGCUCGCUGCACUAAUUUCAGAGCUCGCAUCUACAACGAGUCCAACAUAGAUUCUACAUUCGCGACUUCUCUCAAAUCAAACUGUCCAAGCAGCAGUGGGGAUAACAACCUUUCACCUUUGGAUCUUCAGACACCCACGACCUUUGACAACAACUACUACAAAAAUCUGAGAAGCCAGAAAGGACUUUUACACUCUGAUCAGCAGCUUUUUAAUGGAGGUUCUGCAGAUUCUCAGGUGACAACAUAUAGUAGCUAUCAGAACACGUUCUUCACAGAUUUCACUUCUGCGAUGGUGAAAAUGGGAAACAUCAGUCCUCUAACUGGCAGCAAUGGACAGAUCAGAAAGAACUGCAGGAAGCCCAAUUGAUAGCCAUCACAAACGCAUGAACAUUUUUCCCUUAUAUACAACUAUUUGCUCUAGUAUUCAGGAUUCACUUUAAUAAAUCAUGGAUCGGGGUCAUUAUUUGUCAUAAAAUAAAUAAUCUGCACAACGUUUUCAUCGUUCGUGAGCCAGGAUUAAUUCAUACCGGAUUUGCGAUGUGCGUACAUGUCUAUUGCCAGAAAUAGAAUUACAAAAUAAUGGCUAAUUGAUGGAUUUA